UCCACCCAGCCCCCGCCAGCCGCGCUCUCGGGUAACGUGGAGCGCCGGGCUGCACUGAUUGGAGAGUUCGAUCGGGAAAGAUCUGGUUUGGCGCAGGAAUGUCUCGCAGCGAGGUGGGGGAGCUGAUGAAAGCGGCGGAAAAGCAGUAACUCCACCGUCGCCAAUCCAGGAAAAAUACUCGAUAUAUUUAACGCCGACUGCGUGUGGCCAGGCCGGGGAAGCGCGGCGUAGACGCGCCUGGCGGAUCCCGGACUGCCGUCGGUCGCACCACGUAGGCUUGUGGACAAGGGGAUCAAGUGAAAAGGAACGUUGAAGCCUGCCACCCCCCCUGCUCCGGUUCUUCGCGGCCUUUGGGGGUCCCACUCCCUGCUGCUGCUCCUGCUGCUGAAUCCUUUGUCCGACUGGGUCCUUCGGACAGGCAGGAUUCCAGGUGUCUGGCUAGAAUGACGAGAGUCUUGCUCUGCAUCUGUGUUCUCGGGGCCUGCUGUUCCCUCGCGUCCGCAGUGGAUGGGGGGCAGAACCCUGACCAUGUGCUCCAAGGGACGGGGGCAAGGCCGGGCCCCGAUCCCCGGCAGUCCCGCUCUGGGGACGGUGCCACUGUGGCCCCUGAAGAUGCAGCACGCUUCCUCACCUGCUACUGUUCAGGCCACUGCCCUGAAGAUGCCACCAACAACACCUGCAAGACCAACGGCCAGUGUUUCGCCAUAAUUGAGGAGGAUGAACAUGGCGAGCAGACCCUUACCUCAGGGUGCAUGAAGUACGAGGGCUCGCAUUUCCAGUGCAAGGAUUCCCCCAACGCCCAGACGAGGCGGACGAUCGAGUGCUGCCAGACUGACCUUUGUAACCGCGACCUUCGGCCGACUCUCCCGCCUCGUGUCCUACCAGACCUGCUCGCCGGUGCGCACUGGGUGGCCUUCCUCGUGUCGGUGACCGCCUGUUGCUGCCUGCUCAUCAUCAUCACCAUCGUUUGCUAUUACAGGUACAAAUGGCAGACGGAGAGGCGACGCUACCGCAGGGACCUGGAGCAGGAGGAGGCCAUCAUCCCGGUCGGCGAGUCACUCAAGGACCUCAUCAACCUGUCCACCUCGGCCAGCGGCUCUGGUCUGCCCCUACUGGUACAGCGCACCAUCGCCAAGCAAAUCCAGAUGGUUCGGCCCAUUGGCAAGGGCCGCUACGGGGAGGUGUGGCUUGGCAGCUGGCGCGGCGAGAAGGUGGCCGUCAAGGUGUUCUUCACACGUGAGGAGGCCAGCUGGUUCCGGGAGACGGAGAUCUACCAGACAGUCCUCAUGAGGCAUGAAAACAUAUUGGGGUUCAUCGCGGCUGACAUCAAGGGCACGGGCUCCUUCACGCAGCUCUUCCUCAUCACGGACUACCACGAGAACGGCUCCCUACACGACUACCUGAAGUUCAGCACGCUGGAUGCGGCAGGAUUGUUGCGGCUCGCCUACUCAGCGGCCUGCGGCUUGUGCCACCUGCACACCGAGAUCUACGGCACGCAGGGCAAGCCGGCCAUCGCCCACCGCGACCUCAAGAGCAAGAACAUCCUGGUGAAGAAGAACGGCACCUGCUGCAUCGCCGACCUGGGGCUGGCCGUCAAGUUCAACAGUGACAGCAACGAGGUGGAUGUGCCCCUGAGCACACGGACUGGUACCAAGCGCUACAUGGCUCCCGAGGUGCUGGACGAGAGCAUGAACAAGAACCAGUUCCAGGCCUACCUCAUGGCGGACAUCUACAGCUACGGGCUGAUCGUGUGGGAGAUGUCGCGCCGAUGUGUCACCGGAGGCAUUGUGGAGGAGUACCAGCUGCCCUACGCCGGCAUGGUGCCCUCGGACCCCUCCUAUGAGGACAUGCGGGAGGUGGUGUGUGUUAAGGGCCUGCGACCCGCAGUUUCCAACCGUUGGAACAGUGAUGAGUGUCUGAGGGCCAUGCUGAAGCUGAUGUCGGAAUGCUGGGCCCCUAACCCCGCCUCACGCCUCACGGUGCUGCGCAUCAAGAAGACACUAGCCAAGAUGGUGGAGUCUCAGGACAUCAAGAUUUGAGCUGCCUCUCUCUCCCCGGCUGCGGCCUGGAGAAACUCUUCCUUUUUUUUCCUUCGCUCCUCAUGUUACAAUUACAAACUACAGCUUCACAUGGUGGCAGAGGGGAGAGAUUGGUGGUGAGUUAUGCAGGCAGGAAAGAGGCGUCAGUUCCCAGAGCCAUAAGUCCCUCCCCUUCGCUGGAGAAGGCAGCGAUGCGGGGCGUGAGCGCCACCUGCUGGACGGUACAGGCAGUGGCGCCGAUCUUUGUGCCUCUUGGGAAAGGACCCUCCAGAGCCGGACACCGAUGGCCAGAACAGCGGAGUUCUUCAAGCAUUUAGUCCUGCUGUGUGAGACCUCCAUCACCACUGCUUUCUGUGAAAGCUGUGGGCCGGCCCGCCAGCCAGCCCUGCGGUACUGUGGGUCACACAGGUCACUUGCCUCACCGUGCUGGUCCAGAGAUCUGUGGGCUGAAGUUUUCUGACUCCCACACCCUCUCGGCGGGGGGAGGGGGGUGGUGAUUGAAUUUAAAAUGUGUGUUGUCCCCUAUUAAAGUAAAAAAAAAAAAAAAGGUUGUUUUGGGGAAAUAUUUGACUUCUGAGUAUUUAAAAAUGAAUCUUCCAUAAGUACAUUUUUUUUAUUAUUGUUUUAAAGUUGCCCUUGUCAGUCGUACAUAAACAGCCUCCAAACGUCCUUGGAGAGGGAGGGUUUUGGCGAUAGUCACUCGGUCAUGUUUAUAAUCUCUAUACCUGUUCAUUUUCUUUAUUUUUAUAAUGUGCAAGAUUUCAUGGGAUAGUUUUCAUGAAACUCUUAGUCUUUUUCCUGCCAUCUGCAUUGUUAAUAUGUAGAAACACUUUUAUUGUCGUCACAUAACUGCUUUUAAAGAAUUAUUUCCAGCAACCUCUUCAAAAUGACUUUCUAGUCAGUGGGAUUUGGUCCUACCAGAGAGAGAUGGAUCGUCUGUGCCUGAGAGAGAGACCUUAUCUGACUCGGCCCCACCGGUUCCAAACCUGUAAUUAUUUUAGAUUGUUUGAGAAUCUGCAUGUCUGUAUAUAUUUUUUUAAAAAAAGAGAAACAGUUUGGAUAUACAGCAACAGAUACGGGCAUGAAAAUUACCCAUGCAAGCGUGCAAUAUAGUACAGCUGUAUAACUGCAACUUAUUUAUUUGACGUUCUGUCUAGAUAAGCUCUGUAAAUACUGUAGGUUUGAAGCGGUUCACUUGAGGGAUAUCUGUGGGGGGAGUGUUCUGUCAUGAACCCGAGAUCCAAGUGCAUUUUUCUUUACUACUUUGACUUUACCUCCAGCAAAAGUGCAGGCACACCCCUCACCCCCUUCGCGAUAAGGUGCCCAAAACGUCAGCACUAAUCAGAAUCCUGCCACGAUGAUUGUAUGUGAACUAGUAAUGGGCUGUCCCCCCAACCCUAACCCCCAUUCACGUAUUUAGUGCCUGAUAAUAGGGCAUUCCUGUGCAAAUACACCCCCCCCCCCCCCCCCCGUGGGCCCAGUGCUAUGCAUAUGCGCUGGUUAAUGCUUCGUUGAUGGUCUCUUUUAAAUGAUAAAAUGAUAGUUAGUACCUGAACUGAACCCCUCUGACUGACACCACCUCCUGCAGUCAGACAUCAUGCCAAAUGAUUUUAUUUAGACAGACGCAUGAAACUAUGAAAUGUGGACAAAUCAUGUGGGGGGGGGGGGGUGUCUUUCGGGGGUUUUCUGUCGGCCUGUUCUGUCGUCUUUCCCCGUCCGAAACCUUUCAGAGGUUCACGGUUCCAGCCUGCAGUCCUCCUGGUUUCAUCCUUCAUGCAAAAAUGUAAAAUGAUGCUCAGCUGGCCUCGAUACCUCACAGGAGAGAAACGAGACGCCGCUCAGAAGCCACAUCACAUUGCUGGAAACCACACAGCACUACGGUUAUUGUGUGUAAUGUCAUGUAGCGCAGAAUAUGGUCAAUACUUUGACUUAAUGAGUUUGGGUACGACAAAGCAGUACUCGUUUCUGUGUAUCUUAUGUGCAGAGAACCUUACAUAGAAUAUCUUCUAAAUAUAACUUGUAUUUUGUACAGAAUCUAAUUUUUUUUAAUAGGUGCCUUAUGUUUACCAUGGAAAGUUGUUCUGUACUCAGAUUAUGUCCAAUGUAUUGAUUUAUCAAUUAAAAUCAUCUUAUUUUAGUACACAA